GAAGCAAAUGUCUAAAAAGGACAGCAUAGCAAAGCUGUUGUUUGAGUUUUGGCCUGCUACUAUCGACUUAAUUUAAGAACCAGUGUCGGAGCCGUGAAUGCUGUGGAAUGCUGUGCGUGUGACAAAGAACAGAUGUCGCUGUAGAAAAGUUGUAGGCGAACAGCGUUUUACGAAAUAAAAUACAUUAAAGCAAACCACAGGAGUGUAAUGUUUUAUCCUCCUUCGCCUAAGUGGUGUGUCUGAAGUGCCAGUACAUACUAAGUGUGAAUUUGAAAAGAGGCGACCUGGGCAUUCAAGUGGUUUGGCGAUCAACAAGCAGUACAGCAGGAAAAUAAGUAAUUCCCAUAAAAUAAACAAUAGAAGUGUGUGAUGCAGCGAUAAAAAUAUGGAUCAAUGUUAGAGCAGGCAGUCCGACACGUACUACAUUAGCAAGGAAGUAAAAUACGCAGAGCGAGAAGAAGCUUUUUAACCGACACCUAAAGCAAACAGAAGACAAUAUGUUUCUUCCUGUCAAAUCAAAUAUCUCCACGGAGAACAACUCAGCCGGCGGGAAUAACGAGGACGUCACCACCACCAGCAAUAAUUCCACACAAACGCCCAGCGACCUAAGCCCACCGGGUCCCAAUGAAGAGGUACUGCCACAGGCGCAUCAUCAAAAUCCCGGACAUUGCAUCGCUUCCUUUGCGGCAAUCAAUCAAAUGCGCAAUAACACGCAGCUCUGCGAUGUCUCAUUGGAAGUGGGUGGCGAAACUAUACAGGCGCACAAAGUGGUGCUUGCUUCGGUGUCACCCUAUUUCUAUGCCAUGUUCAAUGACGACAUGCUGGAGCGCAAUCAGGGUGCCGUACGUUUGCACGAUGUCGAUGUUACGGCGCUACGUCAACUCAUCGAUUACACCUACACCGGUGAGAUCACCAUAACCGAGGACAAUGUGCAGGUGUUGUUGCCCGCCUCCAGUUUGUUGCAAAUUCAUUCAGUACGCGAGGCAUGUUGCAAAUUUUUACUGCGACAACUGCAUCCAUCCAAUUGCUUGGGUAUACGUAGUUUUGCUGGUGAGUAUAAAUGUGUGUACGCAGACUUUACAUAAGAUUUCGUUUUGGAACUAAAACUUUUUAUGGGUCGAAGAAAAAAUUUCGUGUUAGAAUUAUGCAUUUGCUUGCGCAACUUCUAUGGCAUAAUUACAUGUGUUAAUAACUUUUGUGGGUUCCUUUCCCUUUGACGUAGCAAAAACGAGAGACAAUGGUUGUAGUUUCGAUGUUUGGAAAGUUUGAACAUAAGUUUAACUUGCCAGUGUAUUUCUGUCAUGAAAAACGUACUCAUAAAAAACUAUAGGCACAAAGCAGGCGACCUAAAGCUGUGUGAAAACAUUAGGGCGCAUACCGCAAAUAUCGCACAAGGCGCAUAGUAGGGAGACCAUUAAAAGAACGAAAUAUGAAAAGUUGUUCCUAGGGUGUAUAGAAUAUUCCAG